AUGAAGUUCAUUGAAUCAGUAGCAUACGCCUUGCUCACAUCUUCAUUGACCCUUGGGUCGGUGCGAGCGGCUAAUGAGAAGCCUAUUUCAAGAGAAGUUGACCAUCCUGACUUUGUUCCAUUUAACAAUGUCGACCCCGAGGCUGGCCUCUGGGAACAAUUCGCUGAUUCUGAUGAAGAAUUGGCUAAGAGAUGGAAACCUUCUUCAGCCAAGAGCUUGGAAGGUACUGGUGAUGAAUAUUCAUAUGUUGGCCAAUGGGCUUUUGAAGAGCCUACAGUUCUUAGUGGAUUCAAGGGUGAUAAAGGUUUGGUAGUCAAGUCACCAGCUGCUCGUCAUGCUAUUUCUGCCAAGUUAGACCGUACUUUGGACAACAAGGACAAAACUCUUGUUGUUCAAUACGAAGUCAAGUUACAAAAAGGAUUAGAGUGUGGUGGUGCCUACCUCAAACUUCUGUCUGAGAAUGAAGAUCUUCAUGCUGAGGAGUUCUCCGGUGAAACUCCUUACCAAGUCAUGUUUGGUCCUGACAAGUGUGGUAGUACCAAUAAGGUUCAUUUCAUCAUUCGUCGUAAGAACCCUAUUUCUGGCGAAUAUGAGGAAAAGCACUUGGUUGCUCCUCCUGCUGCUCGUUUGAACAAGCUGUCCAACCUCUACACUUUAAUCAUCCACCCUGAUCAACAGUUUGAAAUCCGUAUUGACGGACACACUGUCAAGGCUGGUAGCAUUAUUGAAGAAGGUGUUUUCAGACCCUCUUUCAACCCUCCUAAGACUGUCUAUGAUGAAGAUGAUGUCAAGCCCGACGACUGGGUUGAGGACCGUUAUAUCCCAGAUCCCGAACAAGCUGAGAAGCCUGAGGACUGGGAUGAGGAUGCUCCAUUCCAAAUUCCUGAUCCCGAGGCUGUUAAGCCUGCUGAUUGGAAUGAUGACGAAGAACCUUUUAUCCCUGAUCCCGAAGCUAUUAAGCCCGAGGACUGGGAUGAUGAGGAAGACGGUGAAUGGGUUGCUCCCGAGAUCCCCAAUCCUGCCUGUGCUGCUGGUUGUGGUGUCUGGGAAGCUCCUAAGAUCCGUAAUCCCGCUUACAAGGGCAAAUGGGUGCAACCUCAAAUUGAGAACCCUGACUACAAGGGUGAAUGGGAGCCUCGUCAAAUUGCUAACCCCAACUAUUUUGAGGAUAGCCGUCCUAGUGAUCUCGAGCCCAUUGGAGCUGUCGGAUUUGAGUUGUGGACCAUGCAAAACGAUAUUCUCUUUGAUAACAUUUACAUUGGUCACUCUGUAGCCGCUGCUGAGUACGCUGGUAACAAUACUUUCUUGCCCAAGCUUUUCAUUGAGUCUGAGGAAGAAAAGGCCAAUGCUCCUAAACCUUUGAAGGAGCGCAAGCAAUACGAGUCUGCUUUGGAAUUCUUCCGUGACGACCCUGUUGGUUACAUUACUGAGGUCACCAGAGUUUUCAUUCUCAACUUCUUUGUUGAUUACAAACAGGCUAUCCUCAACCAGCCACUUGUUGCUCUUGGUCUUGCUACUGCUGUCUUGAGUGCCAUUGUUGCUGCUCUCGGAAUUCUUGUUGGUGGAUUCGCUCUCAUCAAGAAUGGCGUUUUCGGCUCGUCUAAGCCAACUCCAUCUGCUGUUGCCGAUAAAAAGGCCAAGUCAGCUGUUGCUGCUGACGCCUCAGAUGCCGACUCUGCCACCACCACCUCGUCAGCGACUUCGACCAACGCUGUCAAGCGCAAGACCUAA